GAAAGUAGUUACUGUCCAAAGAAAUGGAAAUAAUUAUGUUUCCAGCUCUGACACAUUAUUUCCUCACAAGGAAAUGGAAGUAGUUACUGAACAAGGAAAUGGAAAUAAUGACGUAUUCAGUCCUGACAUAUUCCAUCCUAGGAAGGAAAUGGAAGUAGUUACUGAACAAGGAGAUGGAAAUAAUGACGUAUUCAGUCCUGACAUAUUCCAUCCUAGGAAGGAAAUGGAAGUAGUUACUGAGCAAGGAAAUAAAAAUAAUUAUGUUUCCAAAGGUGGCUGGUUCCUUCUUCCUAGGAAGGAAAUGGAAGCAGUUACGGAACAAGGAAAUGGAAAUAAUUAUGUUUCCAAAGCCAGCAAGUUACUUUUUCCUAAGAAGGAAAUGACAGUAGUUACGGAGCAAGGAAAUGGAAAUAAUUAUGUUUCCAGAACCAGCAAGAAACUACUUCUUAAGAAAGAAAUGGCAGUAAUCGGGGAACAAGGAAAUGGAAAUAAUUAUGUUACGAAAUUAUUUCUUCCUAGGAAGGAAAUGGAAAUAGUUACUGAGCAAGGACAUGGAAAUAAUUAUAUUUUCAAUGCAAACUCACUCAUUGAUAAGAAAAAUAAUGUAGUUCCUGAAUCAAAAAAUAAAAAAAAUUAUGAAUCAAAUUUCAAUCCCAUGUUUGAUAAUUUUUUAAUGGAAGAAAUAACUGUACAAGGAGAUGAAAAACUUGUCAAUGCCAAUGCUAAACUUAUUAGCAAAGAAAUGAAAUCAGUUGCUGUUCAUGAAAAUGAAAAUAAAUAUGUAUCCAAUGUUACUAUUUUACCUAUUAUUAAAGAAAAGGAAACAAUUUCAACUUUUGAAAUGGAAGAAUUAUCGAAAAAUAUUACUUACACACAACUACCAUUUUGUCAAACUCGAGAUGGUAAUGUUCCUCAAGCUGAAAAUUUUGAAAUCCAUUAUUUUGACCAGAAUGGAAAAAGAAUACCUCUUGAACGUAUGGCUCAAGAUCGACCUAUUUUAAUUAACCCUACCAUUGUAAUUAAUACUGGAUCGACCAUUGCACCCAAAACUGUGGAUGAAAGCACAAACAUUCCGGAUUAUUGGGAAGAAUUUAUGGACUUCAGCGAUCCGGAUAGUUACAAGGACUUUGGCAUGCUUAGUAAAUUGCUUCCGGAUCCUGAUUGAUUCUACAUGGAGGACGACAUAUGUCAAGUUUGUUUAAUUUGUAACACUGCAUUAUUCAACCACACUUGUCUUCCUGUGCAUAUUUCUUGUUUUGUUGUGAACGUUAUACAUAUUGUAAAUAAGAUUCAUAAAAAGCUUUAAAGUUAUUUUGAAAUAUGGUUUUUAGAGUUUAGUUCAGGGUUUUUAGUAGGUGGAAUUUUGCUUUUUUGAUGUAAUUAUUAUGAACCAGUUGUUGUCUCUAGCUGUAGUGCCAACCAGUGUAAUUGCAAAUUUUACUGUAUCUUUCUGAAUGUUGAGCAUCUCACGACUUUGAUAGCUAAAUGGUUACUUUUCCUCUUUUAUCAUUAGUUGGUAAGAUAUUCCUUAUACCUAAAUUAUUAAUUUGACAUUUGAGAGUGUCAUCCACUCAAUAGAGGCAAACCAAGCUCCAGUGCUCCCUAUAAACUCCUUUAUAAAAUAUUUCUUAGGCAAUUUCAUUAUGGCGCCUGAGCAUGAUACAAUUAUUGUAUAAAACUUCCACAAGUUUGAAUACUGUUUUCACUACACAGUUGAAUAUAAUUUCAGUAAAUGUUAAGGGAUCAUAGGCAUCAUUCUUUUUUAUUUUUUGACUUUGUUGAAAAGCUUCUAAAUAUGAGAAGUGAUUUUUCAUGUAGUAUAAAUAUUGUUGUAUUGAUUUGUAAUUGUUAUUUUGCGAAGCAACCAAUGUACAUGAAGUUUAGAUGUUAGGAGUAUUAACUGAAAUGUUUUGUAUUGAAUGUUGCAAGUUUCCUUAUCUAAUAAAUUACUUUAUGUUUUUUUAAAACUUUCAUUGGUCUUAUUUGUGUGCAUAAAUUUUGUUUUAUGCUGUAAGAAAUCUUUUUGACUUUUAAAAACUGAGUAACAUUGCUUUUUAAAUAUUCCAAUGCUAGAAUCAGUGCAACAAUGAGCUUUUAAGGCAGUGGAAAGUAAUUUUUAAUGAAUUAAACAUGAGAAUUGCGAGGAAUUAUACUUCUCUUGCCAAUAUUUUUUGAAUGCAUCUCGAUAAAUAUAACAAAUUUUUGCAGAAAACUUAAAUAUUUUACUUGAUUUUUUUUUCUUUUUUUAAUUUCUACCUUGUUUAAAUAAAACCUAGUUUUGAAAGCAUGCUAAUAUCGAAGAUACUUUGUGGAUAACUGCUUGUCCUUGUCAUGCUCAGAGGUUUCAAUCGUUUUGCAAAUUAAAGAUAUUUUAAUUAUUUUGGCAGUAGGAAGUUUUUUUUUGCCUAUGCUACUUUAAAUCCACUGAUUUUAUGCCAGGUCUACAAGAGGCCGUGUCAGAAACUAGAGGCCUGCCCCUUUGGAGGCCCCUGACUCAAAAUCAGGGUGCGGAAAAUCCUUUUGAGUUUUCUGGGGCCUUGGCUCCUGGCGGCCCUGUUUUUAUGCUUUAUUUCUAUCUGGAGGGGCGGGGAAGUUUCUAAUCUCCAAAAAAUUACCUUUAAACCUUCUAGUAUUAGAAUAAAGGUAGAAAUAAAAU